GUAAUGUUGAGCACUCUUUCCAGAGGCGCCCGCUCGGUCGCUGUCCGAAGCUAUUCGGCCGCUACUCUCGAUGCCCACUCCCAGGUGCUCGACGAGCAGAAGCCAAUGGAGGAGCAGGUCAACCCAUCUUUCUACAAGAUGGUCGACUUUUACUUCAACAAGGGAGCCGAGGUCAUCGCUCCAAAACUCGCCGAGGAGCUCAAGUCCAACUCUUUGAGCCAAAAGGAUAAGAAGAAUCUCGUGUCCGGAAUUCUUGGAGCUAUCAAGCCAGUUAACAAGGUCCUUUACAUCACCUUCCCAAUCCGUCGUGACAAUGGAGAGUUCGAGGUUAUUGAGGCCUGGCGCGCACAGCAUUCUGAGCACAGAACUCCAACCAAGGGAGGUAUCCGUUAUUCCCUCGAUGUGUGCGAAGAUGAGGUCAAAGCUUUGUCUGCUCUUAUGACUUACAAGUGCGCUGUUGUCGAUGUUCCAUUCGGAGGAGCUAAGGGAGGAGUCAAGAUUGAUCCAAAGCAAUACACUGAUUAUGAAAUUGAGAAGAUCACCCGCCGUAUCGCUAUCGAAUUCGCAAAGAAGGGAUUCCUCGGCCCCGGAGUUGAUGUCCCAGCCCCAGAUAUGGGAACCGGAGAGCGUGAAAUGGGAUGGAUCGCUGAUACCUACGCCCAAACCAUUGGACAUUUGGACAGAGAUGCUUCGGCUUGUAUCACAGGAAAGCCAAUUGUCAGUGGAGGAAUUCACGGACGUGUUUCCGCCACCGGACGUGGAGUGUGGAAGGGACUCGAGGUGUUCACCAACGAUGCUGAUUACAUGAAGAUGGUCGGUCUUGACACCGGACUCGCUGGAAAGACUGCUAUCAUCCAAGGAUUCGGAAACGUCGGACUUCACACCCACAGAUACCUCCACCGUGCUGGAUCAAAGGUCAUCGGAAUCCAGGAGUACGAUUGCGCCGUCUACAACCCAGAUGGUAUUCAUCCAAAGGAGCUCGAAGAUUGGAAGGACGCCAAUGGAACUAUCAAGAACUUCCCAGGAGCCAAGAACUUCGACCCAUUCACUGAGCUUAUGUACGAGAAGUGCGAUAUCUUCGUUCCAGCUGCUUGCGAAAAGUCGAUCCACAAGGAAAAUGCUAGCCGCAUUCAAGCUAAGAUCAUCGCCGAGGCUGCCAACGGACCAACUACCCCAGCUGCUGACAGAAUUCUUCUUGCUCGUGGAGAUUGCCUCAUCAUCCCAGACAUGUACGUCAACUCUGGUGGAGUUACUGUUUCCUACUUCGAGUGGUUGAAGAAUCUUAACCAUGUUUCCUACGGACGUCUUACAUUCAAAUAUGACGAGGAAGCCAACAAGAUGCUUUUGGCCUCGGUCCAAGAAUCUCUCUCCAAGGCCGUCGGAAAGGAUUGCCCAGUUGAACCAAAUGCUGCUUUCGCUGCCAAGAUCGCUGGAGCUUCCGAGAAAGACAUCGUUCACUCUGGACUCGAGUACACAAUGCAACGCUCCGGAGAAGCCAUCAUCCGCACCGCUCACAAGUACAACCUUGGACUUGAUAUCCGUACUGCUGCCUAUGCCAACUCCAUCGAGAAGGUCUACAACACCUACAGAACCGCUGGAUUCACCUUCACAUAAGUACCCACUUCUCACUCAUCUCAUGGCUCUUGUAUCCUCUUUUAUGACAUCAAAUGGCUCCAAGCCAGGUUUAAAUAGCUUCGUGUAACCCUUUAGUGCCUUUUCCAUAGUUUUCUGUUUCGAAACUAUCUAGGUUAACUAAAGUCUAGCUCUGAUCUUUUCUGCCUGGUUCGUUCUCACUUUAGUAUAAUUAAAUAUUUUAUUGGUUCCCCACCCCUUUUCAUCCCCACACAUAAUUUUUUCGUUGUUUGUUGGUUCGGGACGGUUUCGAGACGGAGACCAUUCUUCAAAAAAAAAUCUCAAAAAUAAUAAAAAGUUUAUUUCCUU